AUGGGUGAUAAGGACUUUAACGAGGUGGAGCACUACAGCGGCGAAGUUGUUGUUGAGGAUAGCGUAACCACGUCUGCCACGCACCAGAAGCACAAUGCUCAAGGCGUUGUUCUUGUUCCUCAACCCUCGGACGAUCCUCGUGAUCCUUUGAAUUGGUCUUCCGCGAAGAAAGCCACUACGUUCAUGAUCGUGUGCUUCAUUGCUUUCGCCGGUCUACUGCAGGCGCUUGCCAACGCUUCCGGCUUUUUCUACCAGGCCACUGAAUAUGGGAAGACACCUAUUGAGAUCUCGUACAGCUUAUCUGCGGCGAUUGCCGGUCUUACGUUUGGACCAUUUGUUUGGACCCCGCUGGCCACUCGUUAUGGCAAGGCCGCCAUCAUGUUCUGGAGCAUGGUCUUGACCAUGGGGGCGAACAUCUGGUCGGCGUGUAUGACGGGAAAGAACGACUACGUUCCGUUCGUCUGGUCGCGCGGCUUUGCAGGUCUCUUCGGAUCCGCGCCCUUGACCGUCGGCGCAAACUUCAUCGUUGAAAUUUUCUUCUUGCACGAUCGGGGCAAGUGCUUUGCAGUCUAUACCUCCUCCAUUUUGAUAGGAGGGAUUUGCUGCUCCACAUUCUCGGGCUAUAUUGUCCAGCGCGUUAGCUGGACCGUACAGUUUUGGUACAACGUGGGACUCGAGGCUGUUCUCGCACUAUUGUGUGUGCUCUUCCUAGACGAGACGAACUGGUCUCGUCCAGGCCAGCUACCGGUCCCGACUCCCCCUAAAGGGUUGGUCCAGCGUAGGCUGGCCACCUAUUUCUUCACCAAGCCUAUGACGGCCAAGAGGUCACCGGCAGAGUUAUUCAAGUCAUGGACGCUUACGUUCCGCGUCGCAUUCUGUCCAGUAUCCAUUAUAGUUGGAGGCAAUAUGCUGAUUUUCUACGGCUUUGGAAUUGGCAUUAACACUUUGCUGUCCAUCUUUUUGCAGGAACCGGUCGAGGAUGGUGGAUAUGGCUUUUCGGCCGACCGAAAUGCUUCCUUUACGUUCGUCCUCUGGGUUAGCGCCUUUCUAGCUCAAGCAUACGGUCUCUUUAUCGGAGAUCGGCUCCCGCUAGCUAUCUGUGCCCGUAACGGCGGAGUCUGGAAGCCCGAGUAUCGUCUCCACUCUACAUGGUUGCCGCUCCUGGUCUGCUUCCCCCUCGGUGUUGGACUUUUCGGCGGUUCCUUAUACUUCCACUGGCACUAUAUGGUCCUCGCCCUAGGCGUCUUCCUAUCCAACUUUGGCGCAAUCUCAGCAAUCUCCCCUCUGCUAAACUAUGUUGUCGAAGCAUUGACGCCAGCCUACGCCAAUGAAGUCGCAGCUGCAAUGAACUUUUACCGAACCUGUUUCGCCCUCUCUAUUCCCUUCUUCUUGGAUUAUUGGAUUGCGGCAGUUGGCGUCAAUUGGGCCUUCGGCAUGAUGGCAAUAUUUGUUGUUGUGGCUUAUACGGGUAUCAUCGCGUGCAUGAUCUGGGGUCCUGCUAUAAGGGCGAAAUCAGUUGUGCACGCAAAUUCUGAGGAAGGUAUUCACAUUCUGGACGAAACUCCUCCCCUGGGGAGGGAAGUGGAUGAAGCCCGAGACGCCGAAAAGUAA